UUCGAAAACACAGCACCUCCCACUGGAGACUCCAAAACAUUGCACAGGAAUCUGUUGAAAGCUCUGAUGAGGAGUUUUUUGAUGCCCGGGAUGUUAUGGAGGGGAAGACGGCCAUGCUGCUGGGGAUGAGCCAGUGGAACUCCAAUGACCUGGUGGAGCAGAUUGAGACACUGGGCCACCUGGAGCACUCAAGAGAGAGACUUUACAGACUGCGGCACCCUCGCUGCGCUCCACAGAACAGUGUGGAUGGUUUGGAAGACAUGGAGAGGAAGUGCAGGACACAUCUGCUCAUCCUGGUGAUUCAUGGAGGUCACAUCAUGGAUUCUGGAGUUGGCGACCCUGGAGGAAAAGCGAGUGAUGCUGCUACUCUGGCAUCCGUGUUGGAGCGUGUGGCAAGGGCACAUUUCCAGGCCGCAGCAGACAGUAUGCUGGUCAGACUGGUGCCCUGCCCACCAGUGUGCGCUGAUGCCUUCUCACUCAUCUCAAAUUUGAAUCCAUACAGCUAUGAUGAAACCUGUGUGUCCAGCAGUGUGGAUCACUUGCCUCUGGCUGCUCUUCCCAUCCUUGCCAUUGCUGCCCCCCAUUACCUGAAUGCUGUGGCUACAGUCAUUGCUCAGGCUAAUCAGGUUUACAGAAACUUCCUUCAGUCCCCAGAGGGCGUGGGCUUCACUGGACAGGUGUGUCUGGUGGCAGACUGUGUUGGUGGUGUCCUCUGUUUUGACGCCUUGUGUUUCAGUGGUGACAAACAACACAGAAGCCUUGAGGGCAGCAGCAAGAACAACAGUACAGAGAGUCUCAAGGAGAAGCCAGGUGUAAUGAACUCUCUGAGCCCCACUCUCCGAGGCAGCAAGCGCCUGAGUAAGAGCAACAUUGAUGUGUCAACACCAUGUGACACGCUGUCUGGAGUCCGUCAUCCACUAAUCCGCAAGCAGAGUGACUCGUGUGAUGCAGAUGUGGCCAGUGGCCAGCGUGAGGUCUUUCUCAGCAAUCUGUCUCAGGAUGAUCAGUGUGGCUCCAGGCAGGCUCUCAAUCCAGGCUGCUUUGAGUUUGAAGUGUCAGACUGCUUCCUGCUGGGCUGCCCACUGGGACUGGUGCUUGCUAUGAGGAGAACUGUGUUACCUGAUGUAGAGGUGGCUCAGCUCCAUCCAGCUUGUUCUCAGAUUUUUAAUCUGUUCUACCCAUCUGACCCCUCCGCAUCACGUCUGGAGCCCUUGUUGCACCCAGCUCUCACCCAACUGCCACCCUUCCCUGUCCCCCGCUACCAACGUUACCCAUUGGGUGAUGGGCGCUCCGCUCUUAUUGCUGACAUAGUCCUCAGACACUUGUCAGACAGUGGCGUUUCUGCAGAUGGAGUCUCAGCGCAGUCUUGCACAGGAAGUGGGUCCCGCAGGGGCAGUGAACGAGUGGUGCGAUGUGGCCACGCCCAAUCUGGCAUCUACAUCGAACAAACUGAACCUGACCCGGGCGAGCCAAUCUCACACAUAUGUAGUAGGUGGUGGGGGUCAAAGCGGUUAGAUCACGUGCUUUACUGUCCAGAUGUGCUCACCACCUUCCCCACUAUAGCUCUGCCUCAUCUGUUCCAUGCCUCCUACUGGGAGUCCACAGAUGCCGUCGCCUUUAUUCUCAGACAGGUAAUGCGGUGUGACUGCCUGAAGGCUGGGGAGGCCAAUUGUUCAGAUAGUGUACCCAUUUCUCCCUCCAGCCCACGAGAGAAGUGGCUCCGCAGAAGGACACAUGUCAAACUACGGAACAUAACUGCAAAUCAUAGAGUUCAUGAUGUCAUAGUGACGGAGGAUGGUCCGCAGACGCUGGUGGGGCGGUUUAUGUAUGGGCCACUUGACAUGGUCUCGCUGACAGGGGAAAAGGUGGAUGUGUUUUUAAUCACUCAGCCUGGUUCUGGUCAUUGGGUGCUGUUUGACACCGUGAUGACCAGCAACAGCGGACGGGUGUCCUACACCAUCCCUGCAAAUAAAAGACUUGGAGUGGGUGUCUACCCCAUCAAAAUGGUAGUCAAAGGUGACCAGACAAAUGCAGAGGCAUUUCUUACAGUGUUGCCGCAUGGAAUGGAGUGUGUGGUGUUUAGUAUUGAUGGCUCUUUCGCUGCCAGUGUCUCUCUAAUGGGCAGUGACCCAAAAGUCCGGCCAGGAGCUGUGGAUGUGGUCAGGCACUGGCAGGACCUUGGGUAUCUGAUCAUCUACAUCACUGGUCGUCCUGACAUGCAGAAGCAGAGGGUGGUGUCCUGGCUCUCACAGCACAACUUCCCUCAGGGCAUGGUCUUUUUCUCGGAAGGGCUUGUUCACGACCCCUUGCGUCAGAAAACCAUCUUUCUGAAGAGUCUGCUGAAAGAGUGUCACAUUAAGAUUAGUGCAGCAUAUGGUUCAAUGAAGGACAUGUCUGUGUACAGCACAUUGGGACUGGCACCGAAUCAGAUAUACAUUGUGGGCAGACCAUCUAAGAAGCAUCAGCACCAAUGCCAGUUUCUAAGUGAAGGCUACGCAGCUCACCUCUCUACUCUAGAGUUUGAGCACGGCCCACGCUCCAAAAAGAACCGCAUGGUGCUACGUCAGGGCUCUUUUGGCCUCUCCUCAAAGACGGAUUUCCUGUCUCCAUCCCCUGACUUCCUGUCCUGCAAGCGCACCCCACUGCUGCGUCGAGCCAUGUCUGUUCAGCAGCCAUCUCCGCCCUCCUCAUCUGUCUCCACCCCCAAACCUGAGCGUGCUCUGAGCCAGCCAGAGUCCAAUAAAGAUGGACCAGAGAUCCGCAUUCAAACCGAUGAUCAGGACGAGGAGGAGGAGGGCGAGAGAAUACAAGAUGUGACACUAUAAAAGAACUCCAUUAGUUGUGGAGAAAAGAGUAUAUGUUGAAGGAGAGCAACCCCAUCUACUGCAUAUCUGCAGAUACAUUUUAUUUUCAAACACAAAAUCCCAUCUCAAACAAGAAGAUUUUUUCAUUUUUUGUGUAAACAUGAAAGAUCUGCUCCUUGAAAGAAACAUGGCUGGAGCCUGAUUGUUCAAGAGUGAGCUGCGAGGAUUCACAAAUCAUCACCAAAACUAACAACCCCAGAGGACUGAGACAAACAGCAAACAACAUGAAAGUGUUUGUUUUGGCAAAGCACAAGGAUUUAGCGGUGACAUGAACAUGAAGGAUAGAGAAGAUUAAUAACGAUCAAGCCAUAAGACUGGACAAUGAAUGGUUUAAAGUCAAUAUGAAACCCCAUUCGCAACCCAUUUUACUUGUGUAAUGUAACAGUUCAGAGUGAAACAGGAUACUCAACGAGUAAGAUUGUUGGGCAGGAGUUGAUUUUAUCUAUCCAAAAUUUACUGGAUUGUGAAAAAGUUGGUGUUCCAUACCAGAAUGGAGCCAGACUUAAAUGUGAGUUUUCUAAAUACAACCCGCAGGACUUUCUUUCUUCUGUGGAACAUAAAAGCGGAUGUUAGACUGAAUGUUAGCCUCAGUCACCAUUCACUUUUAUUGCCUUUUUUAAUACAAUGAAAGUGAAUGGUGACUGAAGUGGUCACUCUAACAUUCUACAUUUGUGUUUCACAGAAGAAAGUCAAAGAGGUUUGGAACAACAAAAGGGUGAGUAAACAGUGACUACAUUUUCAUUAUUGGGUGAACUGUCCUUUUAAGGCAGAAAAUGGGAUCAAUUUUAAUUUCAUGUUGACUUUAACAACCCUCAUUUGUGACAGUCAGUGUUGCUGCAGAAGACUGAAGGAAAGAGAUCAUGGCUGUGUCAACUGAGACAAGGACAGAACAAUGAAGAAAGAAAGGCUAUUGACAGGAGGUAGUGUCAGGGACAGCUUUUCUUGUAUUGAGUUUUCUGCUUUGCCAGAAGACUCAUUUAACGUGUGGUGAAUGCUCUCUGCAGGCUCCUGUAAUGGUCUUUUGUGAAGGUAACCAUGCACCUGAAACACAUCUAGCAACUGCAACCCGAGGCUUUGUGUUCUUAAUAACUCUUUGGUGACCUACACAUCCACCAGAUCUUCUUGCAUGUCUGUUUCUUGGAAGAUGGAUGUCUGUUUUCUUGCUGUUUUUAAGGAGGCAUAAGAUAAAAGGAGCUUAGAUAAAGAAUGGACCUUGCAAAGAUAAUUCCAACUUACUUUUUCUGACUCUUGUCUGCAUGUUUAUGUAAGUCCAAAUUCUUCAUUUAUAUUCUGUCAGUUUUAUUCAUAAUGACUUAGUGCUGUACACUAAUAGUGUAAAGAGCAUUCUAGUGUUGCCUUCAUCCAGGAUGCAGUAUGUGUUAAUAGACUACGUUCUGACAGAUUAAGACGCCAUGCUGUGGUUGAUAUUCGUGACAUUUUCCGAGAGAAUCUGUUUUAAUUUUUGUGAAUAUGGCUGUUGCACAAAAUUGUAUAUAAUUGAAUAAAUGUAUUUCGUA